AUGUUUUUCUUGCCGGCACACUACGCUUCCCACCUACGUGACGCUGCCGAUCACCUCGCGCUCGUCGUCGAUCGACCACAUUCUCUGCGCUCGCCAGCAUUAACAAACGCUCGGCUUCUAAAAGACUCGACCGGAUCGGUCAAGAAUAGUGUCGGGCCCAAGAAAGGCGAAGAGUCUUUGUGCUUGCACAGCGACGCGGUCACGAGCGCAGUGCCACGCGAUGCCAUGCCUCUUCAAGUGUACUACUUAGGACCGCCGGGCACUUACACUCAUUCCAUUGCUCUGCACUUCAUACAAGACGGCGAUUCUGCAAGAUCGAGCAGUACGAUCCGGCAAUCUUUGGAGGAUGCCGCUUCAGCUUGGUGCGAAGAUGAAUACAGGCAUCAACGGUCGGUCGUGCCGCUCGCACUGAUGCCGUAUGAGAAUAGCACUUAUGGACUGGUGCUCGAUACUCAAAGUACUCUUAUAGGUCCAAGGCAUGGCGGAGCGAAUGUCAGUCUGGGAUCAAAUGGGCAGCUGGCCUCGCCGAGUGAGCUGUCGCCGGUCGUGGUGGCGGAAGCUACGAGAGCUGUGAGGCAUGCCUUGCUGGGCAGUCGACGUGCGCGAGAUAGGCUAAGGAGGAAAGAUGGGCUGCAGGCGCUUCAUGAUUUGGAAGAGCUGGACUUGUCCAGGGUGACCAAGGUGAUGAGUCACGAGCAAGUGAGUAAAUCAUCUGAUCAGGCAUCUCAUCUACUAUUCUACUCUGCGCUUUGCCAGUGUCUCAGCAGGCCUUUUGCACUGACUGCCUUGUACUUUGUCGAAUGCUUCGUCACCGCUAAUGCUUUUCAAGGCUUUAGGUCAAUGCUCCGACUUCCUGACUCGUAAUUGUCCAAAGGCUGAGCGAGUCAGCGUCGCGUCUACAGCGCUCGGUGCGCGUCUCGCAGCCUCGACCACGUCCUCUCAGAACACUUGGAGCACGAGCGCAUGUCGCCCGUCUUCUUCGAUACCUCUCUCUGCACAGCACGCUGCGGGGAAUGGUGAGGAUACUCGCAGGCGGUCGGGACACGCUAAUGUCGGGGCGGCAAGUGACCUGCAAAACGGAGGUCAUGCGACGAGGCCCAUUGAAAGCGAUAAAGACGAGGUCGUGGUGGCUAUCGGAACAGAGCAGGCAGCCGAGGAACUCGAUUUGGUUGUAUUGCAGCGCAACAUCCAAGAUAGGGAUGGUGAGUGUCUCUUCUGCCGGUUUCCGAGAGAGAGAUGGCCUCUUCUUCACGAGUCAUGACCCGCUGUGGUCAAGGGUGUAUGGAGACACUUGCUGAUGCGUGAUAUCGCUCGCACCGGCUUCGCACGCAGACAACGAAACGAGGUUCUUGCUCGUGGCGCCCAAUGAGCAAGUGGCGAGGGCCUAUCGCAGUGCGCAUCCUCAGCCACUUGAGGGCUCUCGAGCCAUGCUGCUCCUACGCACCGACAGUCAUUCCACCAAUCUGACAUCUCUUCUCGGCGCUUUGUGCGCAACUGCCAACUCUCGACCAGACCAAGCGCCUGUUCGUAUUCGCAAGGUGGAUCGCAAAGCCUUUCCUCUGGGCGACGAGACUCGGGCCUUGCGGGGUAGCACGGAAGAGGAGAGGGAUGAUGCGUCUAGUUGCGAGACUGCGCAAGCGAAACAAGGCAGCGCUUGGCCCAGCGUCUACUUCGUAGAAGUCGAGAGUGCCGUCUCGUCCGCGCGACUCGACGACGACUUGCAAAGGCGCUUGAAAGCUUCGCACGAUCUGCAAGGCGUUCGGGUGUUGGGAGUGUGGCAAGUCUCAUAG